AUGCACAAAGAAAAAAAGGCAUUUACCCAGAAUUGCAAAAUGGAGCUUCUUGGAAAACCCCAGGCACCAGGCAAACCACAAAGGAAGGUGGUUGUCCAGCGCAAGGAGGACAGCGCCGAUUUGAAGUGCCAGCUCCAGUUUGCCAAAGAAGAGGCGGCGCUGAUGAGGAAGAAGAUGGCCAAGCUGGGGAAGGAGAAGGACGAACUGGAGCAGGAGCUCCAGAAGUACAAGUCCAUCUAUGGAGACGUGGACAGUCCCCUGCCGACCGGGGAGGCGGGUGGACCGCCCAGCACCAGGGAGGCCGAGCUGGAGCUUCGUUUGAAGCUGGUGGAGGAAGAAGCCAACAUAUUGGGUAGAAAAAUCGUGGAACUGGAAGUGGAGAACAGGGGGAUCAAAGCUGAGAUGGAGGAUAUGAGGUGCCAGUACGAAAAAGAGUGUCUCAGCAGGGACCACAUUUCAAGCAUUCCUACCUCGCCCUACGGCGACUCCCUGGAGUCGGCCACGGAGCAGCGGCGGGGCCGGGAGCCGGGCUGGCCGGACGAGACGGCGUCCAAGUGCGGCGGGCCCUUGCAAGAGGAGCUGAAGUCGGCCAGGCUGCAGAUCAACGAGCUGAGCGGGAAGGUGAUGAAGCUGCAGUACGAGAACAGGGUCCUGAUGUCCAACGUCCAGCGCUACGACCUCGCCUCGCACCUGGGCCUGCGCACGUCCAGCCCCAGGGACAGCGACGCCGACAGCGACGCCGGGAAGAAGGAGAGCGACGGCGAGGAGGGCCGCCCGCCCCAGCCGAGGAGAGAGGGGCCCGUGGGGGGCGAGAGCGACUCGGAAGAAGUCUACGAGAAGACGUCAGGUUUCGGGAGCGGGAAGCCGUCGGAGGCGGGCGAGCUGUGCUCCGCCGAGCUCCUGAGGGUGAAGGAGGACAGCGAGUCUCUGGUGCACAUCAAGCGCGAGGCCGAGCGGCUGGAGAGGACGGUGGAGCGCCUCAUCACCGACACGGACAGCUUGAUUUACGACGCCAAGGUCCACGUCACCGGCGGCCCGGCCUCGGAGGGGUAGGCGGGAAGCGGCGAGGAAAGGGGAGAAGACAAGUACGAGCCAGAACUUCUAGACACGGUCAACAGCAGGAUGAAAGCUUUCCGCAAGGAGCUGCAGACCUUCCUGGAGAAGGUGGAUCACGUCGGAGAAGGCCUUAAGGAGCAGAUGGAGGACCUCUCUCCUCUUCCCCAUCUCACAGAGUCUUCCAGUUUUCUCUCCACCAUGACGUCCAUGUCCCGGGACUCUCCCAUUGGUAACCUGGGGAAGGAGUUGAUCACCGACUUCCAGUCCAAACUGAGGGAUCACAUGGAGUGGCAGCUCAAACAAGAUCGUGGAGAGGAGCAAGAGGUUCACCACCAGCGAGCCACCACCGACCCACACCGCAGAGCUGAUGGAGACAUUAAACUCUACAGGCCAGCAGACAAGGGCUGUUUCAGUCUAGAGAAUGUAUCGAUACAGGAGCUUCAGGCUCAGCUUGAGCAGGAGACGAGACUUCACCGAGAGGAGCAAGAAAAGUUGACAGAAAGGAUCAUCCAGCUGGAGGAGGAGCACAUGCAGACCCUGAGGAGGAAAGACUUGGAAGUGCAGAGCUUGACUUUGCAGAACAAACUGGAGGAGAAGACCUGGAGCCAGGAGAAAAGGUUGCUGCAGCAAGAACUGAGGCACUUCAAGCAGGACACCUUCCUCCUGUAUGUCAAACUGAAGUGGCUGCUGAAACACUGGCGGCAAGGCAAGAGGAUGGAGGAGGAAGGGGAGGACAUGUUAGAGAUGGAGCCCCCCGAGGCCCUCCCAGACUUUGGCCUUCAGCCUGAGCAGAAGGGAGAUGAGGCAGAGCGUGAGGAGGAGGAAGAGGAUGUGGUGUUUGCACUGACAGAUUUCUCCCAGCAUCCCACCACGGAGAGCACUGACCAUGGACCCCCUCUGCAGACAGCAGAGUUGCUGCAGCAGCAGAAGCAGGCAAGUGAGAAUCGGAAGCUCCUGAAGGCCCUGAAGGGUUUGCUGGAUGACUUCCACUCCGAGCUGCGGGAGGAGGAGCGGGAGCGCCAGGGGCUCCAGCAGCAGUACGCCCUGCACAAGGCAGCCUGGGAGGUGGAGAUGGCUGAGCUCAAGUGUCACCUCCAACAGCUGGAAGGGAAGAGUGAGAACACCUCGGGAGAGACAGGCCUCACUUCUGAUGCCAAAAGAGAGGAGCACAAGAAGCUUCUGGCUGAGAGUCACGGAGUGGUGAUGGACCUGCGUUGGCAGAUCCAGCACCAUGAGAAGAACUGGAACCGGGAGAAGGUGGAACUCCUGGAGAGGCUGGACAGAGAGCGGCGAGAGUGGGAGCGCCAGAAGAAGGAGCUGCUCAGGAGGCUGGAGCAGCUCCAGCCAGAAGCGAGCCCGCGGAGAGGACCCGCUCUUCUGGGUGAGCAGAAGGAGAGGAACCUCCAUCCCUUGACCCUCCAGGGGAACCUUCCCCUGCCCCGUCCCGUGGGGUCGAGGUCCUACUCCGACUCCGACGCCGUCCGCCUGGAGGAACGCUCCUUGUCCAAGCUGAAGGAGAGCGACCGGUGCAGCGCCACGGAGAACCUCUUCCUGGAGUCCCUGUCCCUGGACUCCCCCGAGGAGCCCCGUGAGCAGCGGGAGAAGUUCUUCACCGGGCUGGCAGAAGAGGAAGAAACACACAAAGGAAAUCUUCAAAGGGCGAUGUCCGUUUCUUCCAUGUCAGAAUUCCAGCGCCUGAUGGAUAUUUCUCCAUUUCUACCAGAGAAAAACUUGCCUUUGUCCAGCAGCAAAGAUGACAUAACCCCUCCCCUGUCUCCUGAUGAUCUGAAAUACAUCGAAGAGUUCAACAAAAACUGGGAUUACAGUAACCCCAGGAACCACGGCGGGGCCACCGAGAAGCCUGCGGAAGGCUGGGCAGAAAGGACAGAGAUAGGGAAAGCUGGGAACGAGCCUCCUCCAGACCCUUUCCAGGCAUCAUCGUGGUACCUCACCACCAGUGUCACCAUGACCACGAACACCAUGACCAGCCCGGAGCACUGCCAGAAGCAGCCAAUGAGGAAUCAUGGUGGCCCUGAGAAGAUGGGAGUCCGGGUCUUCCACAGCCCGCCGGUCGUCCGCAGGUUUGAUAACUCGGUGAUGGCUGGUGGUGAAGGGAAGAGCCAGGUGGAGCCAGACUUCCUCUUUUCCAUGACCAAAGCCAUGGGGAACGUGGCCGAGACAAAAGGCGCCUCCUCGGAUAGGUUUGGGAGGUGGUCUUGUGACCUGGCCAAACACCACAAGGAUUUUCUAGAGAGCGGCCUUCACCCCAUCGAGCGUCCCCUUUGCACGACCGUGGGCUUCGCCUCGCCCUUGCACAGCCUGGAGAUGUCCAAAAACAUGAGUGAUGACAUGAAGGAGGUGGCCUUCUCCGUGCGCAACGCCAUCCGCUCCAACUCGGGCUCGGCGGAGCCCCAGUUCAAGGACACGGCCUGUCAGACCAACGGGGUGAGGACAACAGGGACUCAAACCACCCAGACCAUCAGCGUGGGCCUGCAGACCGACACCCUGCGCAACAUCACCAGCAGCCCCCACAAGUGUCUGACCCCCAAGGGGGGCUCCACGCCCGUCUCCUCCCCAUCCAGGAGCCUCAGGAGCAGGCAGGUGACCCCCGUCAUCGAGAAGGUCCAGGCGAAGUUCGAACGCACGUGCUGCUCCCCCAAAUAUGGUUCUCCAAAGCUCCAGAGGAAGCCCCUUCCCAAACCAGAGCAGCCCAGUAACCGGGCCGGGCCCGGCACGCCUCAGAAGGGCUUCAGUGAGUCUGCCUGGGCUAGAUCCACCACCACCAGGGAGAGCCCCGUCCACACCACCAUCAACGACGGCCUCUCCAGCUUGUUCAACAUCAUCGACCACAGCCCCAUCUUUCACGAGACCUUCCAAAAAUGCCCCAGGUCCAGGUCAGCAGAGCCCAGGGCGGAGCCGGGCCCGGUGCAGGAGCCCUGUCCCAACGCCCGCGGCAGGUCGCCCAGUCCCCUCCGACUGGGCCCAGAGACCCAAAAGGAAGAAGGGACUGAGGUGACGAGCAUCAGGCAGGACUUAUCUGCUCCUCCAGGGUACACGCUCACCGAAAACGCUGCCAGGAUCUUGAAUAAGAAACUUUUGGAGCAUGCCUUAAAGGAAGAGAGGCGGCUACCUUCACACAGCCCACCCAACCUUAGCCAUGACAACAGCACAGGAGAAAUUGUCAAAGUAGAUCCAGGGUCCAUAGAGAACCAAACUGUCUUAUUAACUACCCCCUGGGGACUCUAACCCUGCCUGCCUCACUGCUGUAA